AUCUCUCACUUCUGCAACUUUUCCCCACAGGGACUCCCAGCAUCACUGAAUAUCUCAGUCUGAACUCCUAUCAGAGAAAGUACAACUGAAGUUCUUCUGCCCAGCCAUGUCACUACUCUUUGCACCACUAUUUUUGUUGCUGGUUGCUGUCUCAUCUAACCUGGCUAAGACAAUCAAAGUGGAAAAGAAAACGCCUGAAACACUGUCAAGAGGUUGGGGUGAUGGCUUGACCUGGGUUCAGACUUAUGAAGAAGGGCUUCAUAAAGCAAGAAAAAGCAACAAGCCAUUAAUGGUCAUUCAUCACUUGGACAAUUGUCCCCAUUGCCACGCACUGAGGAAAGUUUUUGCUGAAAGUGAAGAAAUCCAGUCAUUGGCUGACAAUGAUUUCAUUAUGUUGAAUCUAAAGCAUGAAACCAGUGACAAGCACCUUUCACCUGAUGGUAAAUACGUCCCCCGUAUACUUUUUGUAGAUCCUUCUAUGACAGUCAGAGCAGAUAUUACAGGGAAGUAUGCAAACCGCCUCUACGCUUAUGAGCCCAAAGAUAUUCCAAUAUUGAUUCAAAACAUGAAGAAAGCAAAACGUUUGCAACAGUUGGAAUUAUAACUGGACGCUGCUGCACUCUUCUUACCUUUAAAAGGCCUGAAAUAUGUUCUUUUACUCACUGCCAAUUCCUUGUAAUUGCUUAAAAUAAACACUUUCACGUGC